AUGACCUGGCAGAAAACGACCGACCCGCGCAAGUACUUGUUCGAAGUGAAUCAGUGCAGGCUUGGAAUCGAUGUUGCGAUAUUCCUGGUGCUGCUAUUGAAGGAGAUGUUCCCCGCGUCCCAGGGCCUCUCCAUGGUCUACCACCGAUACCCGUGGCAAAGCUGGGAGCGACCGCCCGGUAAGGAAGACGACUACUGGUGCAUGUACUUGCCCCUGCAGGCUACACCGGAUACAGAAUCAACAUCCGUCGCGCGAGGACUCUGGGCGUACUCCCCGGCCUCGACCCCAGCUCCCCUCGGUCCCCACGGCAUUUCCAUCCUCUUCUCUCGGCUGAAGGCGAAGCGGUGCACUUGCGCCUCGGCACAUUCGUCAUCGGAAAGCCCGCAGAGCUACAUGUUCUGGGUCACCGUCAUUAUCACGCUUCACUGCUUCCGGGCACCGGUUCAAGUUAUCACGCGGAGGGCUUCACGAUACUGGAUGCUGAGUGCGCCCGCCAUUCCCAGAUAUGUCUCAAAUACUGAGAACAAAGGGCUCAUCAGUUCUGCUAUCCUGCUUCGUAAUGUUCCCAUAACGGGGCUCAUUGGCCUUCAGAGCCCCCCACCCCCAUCGUCUACGGCCGUAGUAAAGGGAGUGCAACAUUGCGACCUCCGCUACUGGGCUGCGCAGUCCAGCAUCUAA